GUGGAGCGGAAAUACCAUGAAGCUUAAUACAGAACCUUGGAGCUGAAAACACAGCGUUAUAAAUAAAUAAAUCAUUAGAUUUGAAUAUUAGAUAAGUUUAUUAUGCAUUAAUGAAAUACAUUUUGUAUCGCACAACGUCCUAGGACUGAAAUUAUCCGGCUUUAGAGUGAGGGUGUAAAUGAGGCAGUGUUUAUGAAAGCUGAGCCGCGUUAGCUUAGCUGCACUAACUUAGCCGCGUUAGCUUAGCUGUACUAGCUUAGCCGCGUUAGCUUGGCCGCGUUAGCUUAGCUGCACUAACUUAGCCGCGUUAGCUUAGCUGUACUAGCUUAGCCGCGUUAGCUUGGCCGCAUUAGCUUAGCUGUACUAGCUUAGUCGCGUUAGCUUGGCCGCAUUAGCUUAGCUGUACUAGCUUAGUCGCAUUAGCUUAGUCGCAUUAGCUUAGCCGCAUUAGCUUAGCCGCAUUAGCUUAGCUGCAUUAGCUUAGCUGCACUGUUUAGCCGCGUUAGCUUACAUAAACACCGGAAGUACAUUUUCAUACCUUGAUAGCUGUACUUACUCCUCAAUCUGUGAUGUUAGCUCGAUGUUUUUACGGAAUACUUUAAUCACUGGAUAUGUAAAAUGUACGUCUAAGUAUGCUAGGAUGUUUAAAAAUGUGUUCGGCUCAGGAUUUCUUGUCAGAACCGCUCAUGUUUUCCUGACAUGGGUCAUAACGUUGAUUCUCUUCCUACACGACACCGAUCUCCGUAGAGAGGAAGAGGCGGGUCGACUCACGUUGCCGGUACUCUUUGUGCUGCUCGUGCUGCUUUCUGUGCUGCUCUACUUUGCUGUGUCACUAAUGGAUCCUGGAUUCGUGUUGGCUGAUGACUGUGAUCUACAGUUCACACUUGGCAUCACUGAGGAGCAACAGGACAUGAUUCCACAAAGCAAACCAUUCCGUCAGCGUCGCUGUGGUCAUUGCCUGUUACAGCAACCAAUGAGAUCCAAACACUGCCAGACAUGUCAGCACUGCGUGCGCCGCUACGAUCAUCACUGCCCGUGGAUCGAAAACUGUGUAGGGGAGAGGAACCAUCGCUGGUUUGUGCUUUACUUGGCUGUGCAGUUUGUCGUGCUGCUCUGGGGGCUACAUGUGGCCUGGUCAGGCUUCAGCGAUGCGGCGACGUGGUCGGUGUGGCUGAAAUCGAACAGUGUGCUGCUGGUGACGUGCGCCGUGGUGGCGCUGAUGGCGUUGACCGUGCUGCUGCUCCUGGGCUCCCACCUUUACCUGGUGUCUUUGAACACCACCACUUGGGAGUUCAUGUCACGCCACCGCAUCUCCUACCUCAAACACUGCGGCGUCGACGAGAAUCCCUUCGACCGCGGGACCUUACGCAACCUGUGGAGUUUCUUCUGCAUGUGGAGCACAGUGGUGUGGGAGCAGAUGUACUUCAGGCAAGACUGCGAUCCUGCUUAAAGCAGCACAUCGUGUGAUCGGAACAUUUUCUGGUAACAUAGCCAAGUAAAUAAAAAUAUUACAUCUUGGUUAGAAAUCCAAUCCCAAUAAAUACAUUCCUAUUAUUGCUCCGGUUCUUUAGAGAUUCUCAAGUGCAUGGACAUAGCUGUAGUUAGAACCAUGUAGAGCCUCAUUUAUAGCAAGUCUAAAUUGACCCAAAGGUUUGGGUUUCUGUUUUUCCUGUGAAUAGAUCUGUAGGAAAUUUUCUAAUCAAAGUUGCAGCUGCACUUUUAAAACGUAAUCUUUAAAGUCAAUGUUUCAGCCAUGUCAGAAAGAAACAUUUAUUUUUUUGGCAUCAGACAAACACAAAAUUAAAAGCUUACCUCAUGUCAACUUUUACUAAAGGAACAUCUGCAUAAAUGCACAAUAUAACAAUGUGAAGAUUAAAAUACAGGGUAAAUGACUUGACAUUUUACAGCAUCACUUCCCUCUGGGGUUUUUAGACAAUUAAGCAAACUGUGUAAAUAACAAAUCCUUUUAAUUUUAUUAAAUCAAACUUGUAUGUAGUAGAAAAAGCAUCACAUAAAGCACUUACGCCAACAUGAACAAAGUGGCGGACGCAGACUGCAGUCAUUAUAUCGGGUUAAUUGGCACCGUUUUGUAGCUGAACAGUAGAUGUGAAGCAGGUAUAUUAGUUCAGUUCACAUUCAUUAUAGCUACAUUAAACUAGCUGAUGCGAUAACACGCACAAAUCUGUGAUCCGCCAUCAUGACUGCGGUUUUCUUCUAAGGCUGCUAUUGAAUUCUCGAUUCUGAUUGGUCAGAAGGCGUGGCCUAUUUUUCUAUUAGCAUGGCUCUGACAGUAGUUAAUGCGCUUGUUCUGACCUUAUCGUUUUUAUAGUAAUAACUUACACAGGUAAAUUUGUCGAUACGAUCUGUGUCAAGUUACAAGCUGCAAUUUUUGUCUGAUUAAUUUGACAAUUAAAAAAGAGAACAGUAAAGAUAGGAUGGUGACGGUACAGUUGGGAUCUUUUUUCCAGUUACUUUGACGUGUCAUUUAAUCACAACCUUAUCGGGGUCAAACAUACAGAGUAGGUGGUUGUUAAUGACCUGGUGUUGAGUCAUUGAACUUCUAGGCUUCAGAUGAAAAAUACUGUAACUCAUCUGGUCGUGAUACGGUUUAUUUAAAAUGUACUUAAGCUCUUAUGGACUCAAUAUGAACAGCUGUGAAAGAUUCGUCCCUGCAAUCUUCUGAAUAUCGGGUGAAAUUGUUGCCUGUUUUAAGACAAUUUACUUUACGUUCCAUGUAUUUGGCCGUUUGGGUCGCUGGCUUGUUUUUAUACACAUUUCUGUUUGAGUUUCAGAAAUUGACAAUCAGAUCAGUAACCUGUACCUUCUUAAAUUAGAGCCUUUGAAAAUGGUAAAGUAAUUAAAUGAUGCCACAAAACAGCUUUCUGAAAAGGAAAAAAAAAUAAUAAUUGUCUUACAAGUUAUACAGGGUUUGUAUAUUAAAAACAGAAAAAAGAAAACUCCAAGCCUUCCUUUUAUUUUUGUAUAAUUAUAGCCGGUUCUUUUCAUACCAUCUCUUGGUAAGCAAUUUAAAAAGAGAAUGCGCAUGCAGAGGUUUUUAGCUUUGACCCUAUUUUGUACUGAUGUUCGGUUGCGGUCCGUUCUGUUCCGUCUCUCCUUUAUAGAUCAAACCAUUAGAAUGUCUUCUGUGCAAUAGAAAGAUAUUUUAAAACCUUAAAAGGCAAAAGCAAUAACGAUUUCUCCUUUUAAAGUUACUUCCAAUAAAUUUGCACUUGACUGUUUCGGUAUUUGUGCUGAAUUCCGACACACUUUAACUCGGCGUUCGUUCAAGUUGCUUAUGCAAAGUUUUUGUGACAUGUAAUGAUGUACAGAGUCACAGUGGCAGUAUUCAAUAAACUGAACAAAUGUAGACA